CAUCUUCAACAACGUCUUCUAUGCGAGCUGACUUGCAACAGUACAUGCCGACGAAGGUGCAGACCCAGCUGGUGUGAUAUCUACCUUCUCAGUGAGUUCACCUCCUCACCGGCACAAGAUGGCGGAAAGGUCGAGCAAUGUGCUGAAAAGGCUGCACCCGGAAGAAGAUGAUGUCGACGGUCAAAAACGAGCCAGAUCCAACGAUGGCUCCCCGCGGCCUACUACCCCGGCCGCUACUACGCCGGGUUCGAGACCUGAUAUGACCCAGGCAAUUGCUGCGGCCAAAGCAAGAGCGGCGGAAUUGAAAGCCAGAUUGAACAAACAGGGUGCAGCCCCGACUCCCGCAUCUGCCAGUGCCUCACCGACCCCUCCUGCAUCCGCUGCCACCGACAGGAUAUCCCAGCUCAAGGCACGAAUUGCGGCAGCAACCAGUCGAUCAGCGGCGUUGAGUCAACAGAGAACGCCUUCGACUUCGACUUCGACUUCGACUUACACCCCACCAGUCUACAAUGAUGACACUUCAAGAGCGCGUGGUGGCCUGGACAUUGGUCUACAUCCUGCGCUACUAGCCGAUGCGCAGCCAGACACACAGAGAAACAAGACAAAAACACCGCAGCCGAGGUUUACACCGGGUUUUGGGAACAGAAGAGUCGAAUCGCCAGCUCCAGAAAAGGCGCAUCUAGAUUUGUCCAGGCCAUCGUUGGAAGAGCUUAAGGAAAAUCCAUAUUUUGAUCCAAGUCUUGGGCCACGGAACGUCCUCGCCAAAGGCCGACAAUCCCGCCAGCUGGUCUUCAAUCAAAAGGGUAAAUAUAUCGCACAAGCGGCUGCUCUUCGACGACAGGCGCAGCUCGAGGAGACCAAGAGAAAGAUCGCCGAGCGCACCCGUCUCGCCGGUCUUGAAGAAGAUCUGAACGCAGAAAGAGCUUUCCUUGUCCCUGCGCCUCCAGAUGUUGAGUGGUGGGACGAGGGUCUGAUAGACGGCAAGUCCUACGAUGUUAUCGACGACCCGUCGAAACUCAAAAUCGACACUCCCGACUCCAUAAUCACAAUCUAUGUUCAGCACCCCGUUCUGAUUGAACCACCUCAAGAGAAGAACAAUCCCGCCCCAAAGCCCAUGUACCUGACUCAAAAGGAGCAGGCCAAGCUGCGCCGUCAACGCCGCCAGGCCGAUUUGAAGGAAAUUCAAGCCAAAAUCCGUUUGGGGCUCGAACCCCCACCACCUCCAAAGGUCAAGAAGAGCAACCUCAUGCGCGUGUUGGGCGAAGAAGCGGUCAAAGAUCCCACGGCCGUCGAAGCCCGCGUGAACCGCGAAAUCGCCGACCGCCAGCACAAACACGAAGAGAUCAACCAAGAGCGCAAGCUCACCAAGGAGCAGCGCGCCGAGAAACUCGCCCAGCAACAGGCAGAAGAUGCCGCCCGCGGCAUUCACGUGCGCGUGUACAAGAUCGACAGCUUGGCCAACGGCAAGCACCGAUUCCUCAUCGCUAAGAAUGCUGAACAGCAGGCACUGACCGGGGUGGUCAUCAUGCACCCGAAACUCAAUCUCGUCGUGGUCGAGGGCGGCGAACACUCGAUUCGCUUCUACGACAAGCUCAUGCAGAAUCGGAUCAAGUGGCAGGAGAUGGAGGCGCCGCGCGCCGUCGAGAGCGGGAACCGCGAUGUGUUGGCCAAAUGGCUCGAGGCCGAGGAUGAGAAUGGCGAAUUGAAGGAUCUCAGCAUGAACAAGUGCGAGCUGAUUUUCAAGGGCGAGGCGAAGCAGCGCAGCUUUAAGAGAUGGGUCGGCGCGCGGCCGUGCGAGACCGACACCCAUGCGAAGGAUGUGCUGAGUCGUGCGAAGAUGGAGAACUUUUGGAAUCUGGCCAAGAGCUUCAAGCCGGAUUUCUAGUCGCUCGUGAUGCACUUCCCAUGCUCAAGGAAUGACAAUGCAGCAGCUCAGGUCAUCAGUGGCCUAUGCAUGACUUUGAAAAAGCAGCUUUAGCGUCCUUCGCUGAAGCCAUAGGCAGGUAACUCGUUACCAAAAGAGCACUUGUCCUGCCACUGUAUAGAAUAGCAUCAAAGAAACAGGUCAAAAUUCGCUGGGAUCAGAGAAGACAUUGAACUCGUUGACUUCGCAUGUACAAAUCUUUCCAGUACGCCGUGCUCGAGUUCCCGAAGAUGACAUGAUAUAUGG